AUGGCCUCAUCGUCGGUAGUAAUCAAGAAAGAGAAAGUUGAUGAUCCAAGACCGGGACAAUCUGCAAAACAUGACGAACAAACCGAAGCCGAAAUUGAAGCUCGAAUGCUUGAACUUUUAAGGGAAUUUCCAAAAGGAAUUAAUUACAAAAUCCUAGAGACUGACAUGCCCAAUGUGGACAAGAUAAUUAAAGUUAAUACUCUAAAUCGACUGCUCAGUCAGGAGAAAGUGAAUAUGUUUCAAGCACCAGGAACGAAGGAAUUGUUUUGGUGCCUCAAACAGCAACCUGCUAGUAAACUAAAGGGAGUUGACAGUGAGGAGAAAAUUGUUAUGAGGAUUAUUGAAGAGGCAGGAAACAAGGGAAUUUGGAAUAGAGACAUACGCACCAAGUCUAGCUUGAAUCAGACAACCCUCAACAAGAUACUCAAAGCUCUUGAAGGGAAGAAAUUAAUCAAAUCUGUCUCAUCUGUUUCAGCUGCAAAGAAAAAAGUUUACAUGCUAUUCAACUUACAACCUGACAGAUCAGUAACAGGAGGUUCAUGGUAUUCAGACAAUGAAUUUGAAUCAGAGCUGGUGGAUAUUCUCAAUCAGCAGUGCUACAGGAUAUUGCAACAGAAAUCUGAAGCAGCCAAACAAAAAUCUAUGGACGGACCCUUUGUAGUGCGCAACUCUUCGUUUCUCUCUUCCAAAGAGAUAUGCCAAAUUAUUUCAGAUAUGAAAAUUGUCAAGUUUAAUUUAACCGUUGAAGAUAUCGAAACGAUUCUCGAUACGCUUAUCUAUGACGGUAAAAUAGAAAUGUGUACGAUGUCCGAUGGACAAGUCAAAACGUACAGAACUGUUGAAAAGCUCCUGUCCUCUGCUGGAAUUGUUCGAAUCCCCUGCGGAGUUUGUCCAGUCAUUAAGAUGUGCGGUACUGUAGGUGCGGUUCAACCGAAGAAUUGCGUCUAUUAUGAUCAAUGGUUGGAUUAAAAGAAUGAAAUUGAUAGACACUACUUACACACAUUGAACCAAGGGAGGAUACUUUAAAUUUAAGAGCAAAGUAAAAUUUGUAACUAAAAAAAAACGGUGGAAUAAAUUAUGUAUUAAAACUGUCA